UACCAUCGCGGCAGGAUGGUGUUGAGACCCAUCAGGACCAGGCGGCAGCUCGCCACGCUGCUGGAGGAGGAAGAGGAGUCCCUGGUGGUGGUCUUCUUCGGGGCCAAAUGGUGCAACAACUGCGCUAGCAUCAAACCCUACUUCAAGAUGAAAUCCGACCAGAACCGCGACGUCAUCUUCGCCGAGGUGGACGUGGAUGAGUCGGAGGAUUUGGCCAGGGCUGUGGGCAUCACCUGCAUGCCCACCUUCCACUUCUAUAGAUGCCAGGAGAAGGCUGGAGAGUUCUCUGGGACCAAGAGGGAGAAAUUGGACCGCCUGAUAGCGCAGUUGAAAUAACACCGCCGCGUUUUAAUCUUCAAAAAUGAUUAAAUGGACUUGUCCAAUUACCCUAGGAAGGAAUUCGGCUCAUCGAGUCUAUGCCAGCUCACAGAGCCAAGCAUCCCCACUCCUUUAUCAUUUCCUCUAUAACUGAAGAUAGACACUAAACGCUGGAGUAAAGGGCCUGUCCCACUUUCACGAGUUAUUCACGAAUUCUCCCGAGUUUUCCCCUUGAUUCAAACUCGCAGAAUGUUCGUAACGAGUCUGUAGGAGUUUGUA